CUUCCUUUACAGUCACUCAACCUGCCUUCAACCCUCAGCCAUAGGGGUUUUGGAAUAUUAUGAACGAUUCCUUCCCAUGUCUUUGGCUUGAAGCGUCUACAUUUACUGUAGGAGAUCGACUGCAGAAUGUUUGCAGCAUCAUUCAGCUGUUUACUGUUUUCUCCCUUUUUUUUUUUUUUUGUCUCGCUUUUUCUUUUCUCGUAGCACAACGAAAACCACGCAGUGCGCUUCUAGCCUUUUCAAUGGCGAAGAGGCAUACUUUUUUUUCAAGUUCGUUCAGUGGAAGAUCAAAACCAAACAGUUUUUAGCAGAGCUGCGUCUACUCCACCCUGGUGUUCGCUUUUAUCGGA